AUGUGGAUUGGCGACUCAUUAUCGGCCGUAGGCAAAAGCCUUUAUGUCUAUAGGAGACUCUUGUUCGGCACACGUAAUAAAACCCAGGAUCUUGUGAUCGAAUUGGAAGAGAAUCGGACGCUAACCGGUAAAGGGGAUUGCGGACUUUUAGCCGGUUCCUUCUCCUUGUGUGCGAGGACAAAGGCAAGGGAAAACUCAGACAUUCUUAGGCAGUCCCCUUCAAAGUAG